AUGAGUUCAGAAAUCAUUGUGUCUCGGCCGCAUUAUGACAGCAGAGCUGCAGCUCAAGGAGUCCAUCAAAAAAGUCCGGCUUUAGAGCAGGAAGUGCCGCCGGCAUCCUCGGGCUCAGCCACAGCUGGGUAUCGCUCUGCUAAAUACACCCCUGCUGAAUGGUUCUCCAACUACCAAGCCAUCCUUGAGCAGGCCGGUACCAACCGCAGAGAUGCCCAGAACAUCCAGCAGGAGUCCAGAACCUUGAGCCAGGACACUGAGGCUGCAGCUUUGAAGACCCAGGCCACAGGAACGCGUCUUCUUGGAGAGAGACUCCAGGAGAUCCACUCCUGGAAGUCUGAGCUGCAGCGGCACAUCGAGCUACUGCAGGCCGACACGGAGUCACUGCUGAUGGUGAAGAAGCGGCUGGAGAGGGCGCUGGAUGCCACCGAGACUCCUUAUGCCAUCGCCACCGAUAAUUUGACCUGCAGAGCACGAAGACUGGGAGCAGAGCUGGUCAGAGACACGGUGGAGGAGGAGCUGCUGAAGGAGGUGGACUUGAUCAGGAGCAUUCAGGCUCUUCUGAAGAAAGCUGCAGCUCAGGUUGUCACUCAGAUCAAGAGGAACCAAGACGCCCAACAAACAUUAGAGAUGGACUGGUCUGAUAAGUGUCAGGCCUACAGCUUUGAUGACGCCUGUGGAAGAAACCAGAACAUGAGUCCAGACACUCAGCGGCACCCCAGUUCUGCUGCCAUGCAGGAGCACGUUUCUACCCCCUCUUCAUGGACAAAGUUUACUCAAGACAACCUGUCAAUGGCCCUGCAGGAGGAUCAUGCCACCAAGAGUCUCAGAAUGCUUGUGGAGCAAAUGCUGCAGGACACCACUGAGGAUCUGAGGGUCCAAUGCGCCAGCGUGGACCGAGCCUUCAGCCUGCGCUGUGAGGACCUUAUUGAGGCCAAGACCCAGCUGGAGACGAAGCUAGCUCAGACUUUGGAGCAAAUUGGUGCCCAGGAGAAGAACAUUGAGGUCCUACAGCAGGCCAUCCACAACAAAGAGGCUCCACUGAGGGUGGCUCAGUCCAGACUCUACCUUCGCUCUCUCAGACCAAACAUGGAGCUCUGCAGGGACCAACCCCAGCUCAGUUUGGAAGGAGAAGUGAGGCAGAUUGAUGCCUCAUUGGAGUCUCUGAAGCAGAAGCUGAGUGAAGCCAGGAGCUCCCUGUCCCACCUGGAGGAGUCAAGGAUGGCUCUUGAGAAGGACAUAAACUGUAAAACCAAUUCACUGUUUAUUGAGAGGGAAAAGUGCAUGAUUCACCGCAAACGAUACCCAACCGUCUCAGUACUCUCAGGAUACUGAACUGGACUUCAUAAUUUGGGAUUGUUCUGCUUGACAGUCUGAAUAGUAUCAUGUGAGAAGUUAAAAUCUUGGAACAUUGUUUUAUAACCCAAGUCUUUUAUCUCCACAACUAUAUUCCUGACUUGUUUGUUGUUUUUCUAAAGGCUCAAACGUUCUCCGGCUCACCGUGUCUCUGUGACUCCAUGCACACUGUCUCUAGAGAGUUAAAAUGUCAUAAUCCAGGGUAUCAAUUUAGUACAUUUCUACUGACAAAUUCCUUCAUUUCUCACAAUUUCAGCCAUGGCAUCAACAAAGAAGUAGGAUGUUCGACACAGAAUAUGUGUACUAAGUUUUAAAAUUUACCUUUGUCCGCUUUGAGUGGACAAAUGUUCUCUUGAGUAUUUCAAUGGAAUGAAGGAUGCCUCAGUAUGUGGGAGCCUUUUGUCUUCUUGAUGGUGUUGUUCAAUGUUGCUCUCUAACAAAUGGCUAAAGUCUUCAAAUAAAUUUUUUUUUCUUCCACUUCACUACUUUUAACUGUUCUGUGAGAUAAAAUCACAUUACAAUAAAAUUUAGUGUGUUUGUAACUUGACACAUUGUGAAAAGGUUGAUUUGGAGUGAGUACCUUUGCAAGGUGCUUCAUUGAACCAGUCACUCUU